CUUCUUUGCCGGUGGUCCUCACCCUCUGAGAGUCACUCCUAGAAGGUUCAAGGUGACCACUGAUCAUUAAGACCAUUUCAAGGUCAGUGCUUAUAGACAUGAGGGUCUUUUUGAUUUUUGACCCUUUACUGGGGGUCUAGCUGUCCAUAGACCCCCAUCAGAGGGUGACAAGUGACACCCUUCUGUCCCGUUUGAGGACAUUUUGGCUCUAUAGCACACAUUUGGAGAUUUCACAUGUCGGACACGACUUUUGUUGCCCGUCUUUGUGUGUCUUUGAAUCGGGGGGCUUAUGCCGCUUCGUCCUUUUGUGCUUUAGAUGUGUUGGUCAUUUAGACCUCUGAUCUGCUUUCACUGUGACAUUUAAGGGUCUUUGUGUUCUUGUGUUGGCCCACCAAGCACUGCACUCCAGGUUUUCGGCUAACUUUCUUGGAUUUUAUUUCUCCAAAUCUCAGCUCAUCUGGUGGGGGGGACUCAGAGUAACCUGACAGCAUGAGGCGGACCACCGAGGACCACCACACUCCGUUUUGAUUUUGUUCUUGGACUUUAUGGCCGACAGUUUGGGUCUGCAGAUGGCCCGGCUGGGAUGACAUGUUUCGCCGGUUUUGUCCGUUCGGUCGAGUUUGCUGAAAUGAGACGUUUGUCGUUUCCACGCUUAACUCUGCCGCGGUUUACUGUAAUGGGGGUCUCUCGUGUUUCUCUUGAUGUUUGUUGGCCACUCAUCUUAUUAUUCCGUUUCAGGUUCAGCACACGCGUGUGUGUGUCGUGUGGCACUCGCAUGUUUCAAAGCUAUGCCACCUCUGACUGACAGGGGGUGCUGUUUCAGCUUAAGUUGUGUUACAGAUGUGGCGGCCUUUGACGGACCACUCAACACUGGGCAUGAGCUGGGCUAAAGGAUAGCUCAGAGAGGCCUGGUGACAAUCAGGGUCCAAGGUCACCUGUCCCCCAAUCCCAUUUGUGUGUGCCUACUGACCUGAGACCCCUGCCACUUGAAAUACUGAAAUGAGGCCCAAAGGUGGUGGAGGAAAGACAAACGUAAAACCUCCUCAGGCUGGAUGUCCAACUGUGGUGGUCUUGCACAAUAGAGGAAAGUUGAUCAGAGAAGAGAAAAGAUUUAGACAAGCUGUGGUGGGCUGCCAUCUCCUCGCCAAGUGUUUAGUCCCACCCAGGAUGGGGUAUUGACAGGCUGCUUGGCAUGAAGGGUGGCACUGUCUGUGUGAAGUUGGUGCUCUGUUUUCCUCCCAUUGUGUGUUAAAAGUGGGUAUGUACAUGACUGGUGCCUGAUGCCCACAGCCCUAAACUGGCAUCAGCAGGUUUGCCGAGUGGAGCAGAUAGAGACGGAGGACAUUUCCGCCUUCUUAUGCCCGCUGGUGUCGCUCGACGGUUUUAGUCCCGUCUGUCCUCUCACCAUGGCCGCACUCAGAGGUGGGCGUGUGACUGGCAUCCUCUCCUCUCCUCGUCUCAUUCCAUCUGCUCGAGGAUUUCAUGGGGGGGGGGGGACUGAGGGGAGUGGUCGGCCAGCCCCCCCGCACUCCCACGUGGCAGCGCUUUCUUUAGCCGCGGGCUCCGCUCGCCUGUUGUCAGACACAACGGAACACUCGGGAUGGCCGCGCCUGCUCUCGUGCCCGUGCUGCUCGCGCUCGUGCUGCGGUGCCGCGCCGCCUCAGGUCUAUGGCCGGUGGCACCAAAAGGGUCGCUUUAUCCCCGAGAUGGCAUCUGGUCCGCCCCAGCAGAGACUGAAGACGGAGCAGGUGGGCCAUCAUGGGGGACGAGCAGGACACCUGGAGUUCCAGUAAUGCAGGGGGGUCCUCCACAUACAGCAGUCUCACCUGAGACCACCGCAGCGGUCGACCAGACAGAUCCGGGUCUGAGAGCAGUGACCACUUGGUCACCUCGAUUUUAUGGCACACAGUCUGCUGCCAAUGAAGACGUGCCAUCCUCAAGUCCAACCCACAGGUCAAUGGCACUGCCAGGCCAGUCACUGGCUACUGCUCCAGCAGCCCCCAGCACAACAGCAGAGGAUGUGGCACCCACCCUUAACAUUGGUGAUGACAUGGGUGUGCCACGCCAGUCAGAGAACUCUUUAGGAACCGCAGUGGACCCCCUGGUGACCACAGUUGUCUUCAUGAUCAUCAUGGUGGUCCUCGUGGCUGCUGUCCUGUACUUCAAGUCCUGGUACAAUGCCAGUCAGGCCACAUUUCGUCACCUCCAGGACCUGCCGAUGGACGACACAAUGGAGAGCGUGCCAUUGGCCCGCUGCACCUACUGAGUGGCCUUUUUUUCCCAGAAUGCUCUGCUGAGCCUGCACAGUCC